AUGUUCGAUGGAUGGGACAGUCCUCAUUAUCCAUCCAAUAUCCUGAACUAUAUUCGAUUGAGACUAACAAAAAGAGUAGCGUUGCAGAUCAAGGGAGCUGAAAUGCUGGAAGAUAUCACAAUAAUAAUCAAAGUUCUUAUUCCAACUCAAAGCGAGUCAAAAGCUUUGCUGUACCUCGCCCUCACCUUUAUUCUACGCACCCUCCCUGCUUAUCCUGCGCUCCUUCACCGUUUCAUCGACUCAAAUACUCAACAAUACGCAUCUUCUCCUUCCGCUUCAACACUCCCAUCUCAACAAUUUCACUCUUCUGUUUCGUUUCAGGAAAGAAUCAUGAGUUGUUUCAGCUGUUGCCAAGAGGAUGAGUUCCACAAGGUUGCUGAGAGUGGCGGACCAUAUAUUGUAAAAAAUCCAGCAGGGAAUGAUGGAAAUUACCAUGCUUCUGAGUCUACAAAACCAGGAGCUCAGACUGUUAAAGUGCAGCCCAUUGAAGUUCCAGAGAUACAGGCCGAUGAACUAAAAGAAGUUACUGAUAACUUUGGACAAGAUUCUCUGAUUGGAGAGGGAUCGUAUGGAAGAGUUUACUAUGGAGUUCUUAAGAAUGGCCAGGCUGCAGCAAUCAAGAAGUUAGAUGCCAGUAAACAGCCUGAUGAGGAAUUCUUGGCCCAGGUUUCUAUGGUAUCAAGGCUGAAACACGAUAAUUUUGUCCAGUUGCUUGGAUACUGUGUUGAUGGAAACUCCCGUAUUCUUGCUUAUGAGUUUGCAUCUAAUGGUUCUCUUCAUGACAUUCUACAUGGCAGAAAAGGGGUUAAAGGAGCACAACCUGGUCCAGUUUUGACAUGGGCACAAAGAGUAAAAAUUGCUGUAGGGGCUGCAAGAGGGCUUGAAUACUUGCAUGAGAAGGCUGAUCCCCAUAUUAUUCAUAGGGACAUCAAGUCAAGCAAUGUGCUAAUCUUUGAAGAUGAUGUUGCAAAAAUUGCAGAUUUUGAUUUGUCAAAUCAGGCUCCAGACAUGGCUGCACGUCUUCAUUCCACUCGUGUCCUUGGAACCUUUGGUUAUCAUGCACCUGAAUAUGCAAUGACUGGACAAUUGAAUGCUAAGAGUGAUGUAUACAGUUUUGGUGUUGUCCUUCUGGAACUUUUGACCGGAAGGAAACCUGUUGAUCAUACACAACCACGUGGACAGCAGAGUCUGGUUACCUGGGCUACACCAAAACUCAGCGAGGAUAAAGUCAGGCAGUGUGUUGAUACAAGACUAGGAGGAGAGUACCCACCAAAAGCAGUUGCUAAGAUGGCUGCUGUUGCUGCAUUGUGUGUGCAAUAUGAAGCUGAUUUCAGACCUAACAUGAGCAUUGUAGUCAAAGCUCUUCAACCUUUGUUGACUGCCCGAGCUGGACCUGCUGGUGAAACAGCAAAUUAA